CUGCAGCUCCUCCUCUUCAGAAGCUCUGGGGUCUUGGUUUCUUGGUUUUGGUGUUGAUUUGGUUGAUCAGUGUUCUGGUUGUUGUUCGUCAGCGGCAGCAUGAGGAAGGUUCUGGAGAGCAGCUGGAUGAAGUUUGGACCUGCUGGAAGAGGCACCUACGACUGGAUGGCAGGAUCUCCAUCUCCACCGCCCACAGAGAAGCAGCUACAGGGCUACCACUGGAACGAGCUCUCCCAGGACGAGGACAUGAAGUCCGAGGUCAUCCUGUACGUGGUGAUCCCGCUGGCUCUGCUCCUCGUCGCCGGUCUCGUGGGCUUCUUCAUCUACCGAAGAUGCUCCCGCAGUAAACUCAGCCUGGCCAACAUCAUCGCUCUGGACCUCCAGAACGCCGAGAACAGCGCCGAGUUCCUCUCGUCGCUCACGGCCAACAGCGAGCGCCUCAACAGCACCAGCUCCGACGUGUCCGACGGGGUCUUCCUGAUGGUCUACCUCCCACCGCCCUACGAGGAGACGCUCACCAAGAUCACCCGGGCGGCCAGCCUCACCAGCAGCAAAGACGUGGAGUCCGUCAAGAUGGAGGACCUGGAGGCCAAGCUGUGCCCAGAACUGAAGUCCAGCGGGCGCUAUGUGUGAAUGAGUCGCUCUGUUAAAUUGAGUUUAAUGGUUUAAUCAUCAUGAACAGUAUCUCUGAUUCAGCCUUGUGUGGUGGAGCGAGCUAGCGAGGGAGGAUUUUACACCUUCAACAGUGUUGAAGAGUACAGUAAAAAAGAGAAUCAGGUGUGUUUACACUGGUUAGGUUGGGAGGAUCCCAAUUAAAGGGCUUAAAUGAAGGUAGACCAAAAAUGACAUGUUUUUU